CAUUCGCCCACAAAUCUCACGCCAAAAAAAAAAAAGAAAAAGAAAAACACGGCGAAUCCCGUGAAAUCUUCGCUUCAAUUCGCUCCCAAGCACACACGCCCCGGCGGCGGCGCCCGUAGCAUCUCUGAUCUCUCUCAGCCUUUCAAAAACCAUACGCGCGCACAAACGCGCCAUCUCUCCAUCUCGCCGGCGUCGCUAUAAAACGCGGCGAUCACGCUUGCAUCUCACUCACACAACAAACCACCCCCAAGAUCAAGAACAACAACAACAACAACAACAUUUGUCAAGAUGAGCGUGGAGAUCGUGGACGGGAGCACGGUGCGGAGCUUCGUGGACGACGAGGCCGCCUUCAACGCGUCGGUGGACGGGCGCUUCGCGGCGCUGGACGCCGACCGCGACGGCGUCCUCUCCUACGCCGACAUGUCCGGGGAGCUCAUGGCGCUCCGCGUGCUGGACACCCACUUCGGCGUCGACGACGGCCACGGCGGCGCCGACGACGGGCUCUACCGCGGCCUCUUCGCCCGCUUCGACCGCGACGGCGACGGCAAGGUCGGCCUCCACGAGUUCCGCGCCGAGAUGAAGGAGGUCAUGCUCGUCGUCGCCAAUGGCCUCGGCUUCCUCCCCGUCCAGAUGGUCGUCGAGGAUGGCAGCUUCCUCAAGGUGGCCGUCGACAGGGAGCUCGCCAAGGCCGCCUAAUUCAAUAACCUAGCUAGCUAAUUAACCACAUUGAACUAGCCCACGACGAUUAAUUUGAGUACUUUGUUUGGUAAAUUUUAUUGAAUUUGGUGUUAAUUUGGAUUUGAACUACUGCAUUGUUACAAUCUUACGGAGCACUGCUCCCUCUGUUUCAUAUUAUAAGUCGUUGACUUUUUUCUGAGUCAAAUUUAUUUAGGUUUAACCAAAUUUAUAAAAAAAAUAUAUUAGCAGUAUCUAUAACACCAAGUUAAUUUCACUAAAUACAACAUAAAAUAUAUUUCGAUAAUAUGUUUGUUUUGUAUUAGAAAUAUUAUUAUAUUUUUCUAUAAAUUUGAUUAAAUUUAAAAGGUUUGAUUCUGAAAAAAAUCGAAGCAACUACAGUAUAAAAUGGAGUAAGUACUUUUGUUAUGAAGAAGAAGAAGAAAGAAACAGAUCAGUCGAUCGAUCUAUAUAUAGUUAAAAUUAAGAGGCAUUAGGGAAUGAUGAUUAAUUUAACUGUUCACUGUUGUAUACAUCGAGGUUCAAGAUUAAUUAAGUAAAAGCUGCAGUACCUUCACAAAAUUAUACUCCUUACUCCUUAGCAUAGAGCUGAUCGAUGGAGCGUAUAAAAAUUUAACUUUACAUACAGAGACCAAAUUAUAUGCAAUAGGAUUAAUUUGCCGCUGUUCCGUUCUGCCAAACUGCAGGCAGAACCAUCGCUGCUGAGAAUUGCUUUCCUUCCUUCGUUCGUUGUGCUUCAGAUCCUGGACGGGAUGAGCGGCGUCGAAUUCGACAGGUACGCCGCCGCCGCCGCCACGCCGGAGCCGAGCUUCACCGGGUAGCCGAUGUC